AUGAAGUACUCGAUCGUCUUUGUCGCGCUCGUCGUCAUGGCCACGGUUAACGUCUUGGCUCUCCCCGCCGUCGCGAUUAAGCCCACCUCGGAAAUCGACGAACCCUAUACCGUUUCUCGCACGGCUAGAGUACCCAACCGGCCACGCAACACGGAUUUUGAGUAA